AUGCCUAUAUAUAGCAACUUUGGGUUCUCCCGAGUUGUGUACUCUUCAGAGGCGAUGGAGAACCAGACCAAACAUAAAGUGGCGAGGGAGAAUCAGACCCAAAAAAAAGAGUCGACGGAGAAAGGAUUCAACCAAAUACGUGAUCUUCUGAAUAAAAAAAGGCCUCGCGAUGAAGGCAAAGAAGGGAGAAAAACAGAGGAUCCCCACACACCCCAAAAAACAGAGAACUCCACGGACAUUUAA